AUGGCCCUACUUCCCGGUUUCACAUUACCCGUUGAGCUUUGCGGCGAUGUCGUGCGGUCCCUAGACCCCAUUAGCCUCAUCGCGCUCUCGCAAACCUCACGGUCGUGGCGCGCCUUGAUCCAGCCGACCCGCCGCGACUUCCAACAGCGGCUGUUAGCCCUCGAGCUGACACCGGAACAUGGCGGCAUUGUGCCACGCUUCGACUUGGACAUCCAAGCAUCCAUCCCAGCCUAUACCAGCGAUGCGUGGGAAGCCAACAAGUAUGCCUGCUGCGGUUGCAUGAAACUGCGCACGCAUAUGCUAUUCAACAACCACGCCAUCCUCCGCGAGUCUUAUCGCAAACCGACACCAGAUUGCGUGGAAGCAACAAGAAUGGCCGUCACAGAGUGGGAGCCUCUUGAUCCCGCGGCCCGAUGGGUGAGAAUUCAGGAAAGGACUGCCAAAAUGUUUGAAGAACGCGCGCGGCGAGUUCAGGCUGCGAGACAACACCGCGCCGCUGUGGCACAGAAUGCGGCCAAUCACCCAUUCGUCCUGGUCACGGUCCCCGACAACGGCAGCGAAGCCAGGCUGCGCCAAUGGUCUGUCGGCAUAAGUCGCCUAAAGCGGAGAUGCAUCGACUGCUUGCGCCAACGCAGUCGCUCAGCGAAAGAGAUCGUGAUCAGCCGAGACAUCUUUAUACCAGCCUUUCAGGACCAAACGUACCCAGAUUUAAUUGGGCGCACAUCAUCCCACGACUCACCAAAGGCAUGGCGAGCUGUGGCAGAAUCCACCACGAUCCGACACGUCAACCUCUAUGUCAUAUACUGUAAGUCUUGCCAGAUCUGGCAGCUGUCAGGUGCAUUCCGCACGAGCAUGCUUCGACAUGGCUCCCACAACGUACCGCUAGACGGAGUGGACCUGGUUUGCAACCACUGCCAUCUCAGGAUUCACAACGAUGUCGACUUGUUAGCCAAAGAGCUCACCGACCAUGCCAUGUCCGAGCUGGCGGUCCACAUCGGGAAAAUCGAAUACCAACUAUUAUUUGGCUGGCGAUUGGUGCGCCAAGGGUGGUACUAUCAAAACCAUCAAGACCCGCCACCCCCCGGGGAGAAGGAGGCAGAUGGACUACCUGACUACCUUGCGGGGCUUGGCUUUGACAAGUCGGGGGAGGCACGGCUCGAUGUCGGCUCCGAUGUACCAGACGCGCGAAUACCCGAACUGCGACGGCGAUUUGACUUGUAUAAAGAGUUCCUCGAUGGGCUCGCUGAGUCCGACCGGGCCGUUUUGAUGAGCUCGUGGUUUGGGUUAUGGAUUGAGGAGUACGACUUGAUCGAGGCGAUGUACUUGCAUUUGCACCAGCAACACGUGUGGCUCAAAAAUAAUCCCAGGGGCGUUUUCGACUACGUUUUCAAACGAGAUCCGCACUGGAUUCAUGGCCCGAAGCGCCCAUACCCCUUGUUAAGGGAGGACCAGGAAUUGUAG